UCGAUGUCAUUACGUUAAUCGGAAAGAAGAUAUUGACCAAGAUUUUAUAGUAAAUUACACCGGUAAUUAAGGUGCCUCUGAAAUCUUGGAGGAGCCGAUCUCUGUGAUAUUGAAACCCAGUCAUCAACUACACCCAUCAUUCAUUACUAACAUAAUCCAUCAAUGAUUAGUUGGUAAAAUGAUUUCUCAUAAACCUAAAAUAUAUUUAACCAUUGUUAAGGUUUUGUUUUGAUUUGAUUCUUGUACAUGUCCAGUUGUAUUCGUACGGUUCGUUCUAAGGACACAUAUAUUUCAAGUGUAGAAAGUAGAUUAGAUUUUAUGCAUAAUACGUACGGUGCUUUACAUAACAAAAUAGUUAUUCAUCAAUAAAUUAAAGAAUUGAAAGUACUGUAAUUUAACUGGUUCUAGUUAAUCUUUGUAGAAUAUUCGAUUUGACAAUGAAGUACUAACGAUCGAUUAACUUUCUGUCUAGUUUGAAUUUGUUGUUAGAAUGUAUACGAUCAUCAGUAAUGAGAAAUUUUAAAAAUUGAUUUUGGAAAAAAACUGUUUUUCGAUAAAACAAUGAAAAGAUGGAGUUAAUCUGAAAAAUGUGAUGUAUUUGCGCUAUACAUUUCGAACAAUCUGGUCAUCAUAUACAUGUCAGGGCAUUUUAUAUGAAAACUAAUAAAAGUCAAUUAAAUGAAAGUUCAAUUAAAAAAGUAACAAAGAGGAAAGAAACAAUUUUACAUUGUAUAUAAUGAAUAAGAAAUUUUCGCGUUAUCCUAGGCCAUAGAAUGACUUAAGGAUUACCAAGGUAAAUUCAAGGUGACGACAGAUUGUUUUUGUACACAUAAGGGGGGUUUAGAUUUACGAAUAGCCAAGGUUUCAAUAAACUUGAGAAUUCGGCCUUGACAAUUUCUAUACAACGUUCUAAAAGCUGUAUCAAUGUCAAUUUUGUGCCCCGUUUCAAUUAUAUGUUUCGAUAGCGAAACAUAUAGCGCAAAUACAUCACACUUUUCAGACCAACUCCAUCUUCUCAUUGUUCUAUAGAAAUUUAUAAAAGGCACUAAUUGCUUUAAUGGUGUUUUUGUUGAAUAUGUUUUAUCUGUUUUAUAACCAAUGUAUCUUACUGACAAAUGUAACGAUCCGACUCCAUAGAAAAGUUCAUUCAGUUUUUAAAUAUAAUUUCUAUAAACGGUUAAGAUUAACUAAGUAACUAUGAAAAUGAGAUACAUAUUCCAUUUAAUGGAGUUCCAAAGAUGAACAUAAUGGAAGUAAAAGCCGUUGUUUAUAUAUAAGAAAACGUCUUUUUAGUUUUGUUGCGAAUGAAGUGAUUCAAGUGAGUAUGCAGUCAUGUUUCAAAUCUUAUUGAUGUGAUGGCGUAUUUUAACUGCUCAGUAUGCCUUGAUUACAAUACUUUACCUGACUAAUCCCGAAUCAAAACAUCAAUAGGAAGCGAACAAAAUAUAUUAGGAAAAUUUGAGUAGCAAAAGAUAAUCUCGAAAAAACGUUAGACUUUAUUCUAGUGUUCUCAAUCCAUUUAUUAGCAUAGAUUGAUGGACUAUGGAUUAAGCAGCAUACUCCAACUUGACGUUAACUUAGGAAGGUAUUAAUGAGCACCGGACUCUGCUAACAGUGAUAGAUUAUAAAAAUUCAUCUCUAGGCAAUUUGUAAUGGUUCAUAACUUUGCAGAAGUUAUAAGUAAGAGAUUUAUGAUCAUUAGUCCAUGUGUUACAUACUCCAUUUAUCUUAGAAAAUUUAUUACCUUACUACUCAUCAAACCCCAGUAGUAUAAAUCAGCUCUACUUGUUCAGUUUUUAAAACGAUUAUUCAACUCGACUUAUUCUACCUAAACACUGUUUUGUUCUAGAUUAGUACCCUUGUGAUUAUAUGAGCACUGUAUUAUUAAUCUUACUUAUAUGAAAAUAUUUUCAAACAAUAAACAUUGGAAAGUAUUCAUUUCACUAUUCAGUGAUAAAUCAUUAGAAUAAAAUGAAUUCAUUUAAAUUUCCAAAUGAUUAAUUAGUAACUUUGUUUAAAUUAUCUGACGCAACUAAAACUAUUAAUAUAACGUUUAUUCAUACAACCAAUAUCCACAACAAAUAAAUCAGUUUAUAAGUGGCGUGAUAUAUAUUUCUAUUCAGUUUUCUUAACGUCAACUGAACAAGUUAAAAUGAUGAAUAAAACGUGUUAUUUUACCAACUGAUAAAAUUACAUGUAUCAAUUAAUUUUAAAUAAGUAUUGAAUUUUCUUCAUAUAAUUCAAAUGCUGACGAGCUCAUCAUCUUGGAUAUUACAAUGUGAUGAGACGAUAUCAUGUGAAAUAUGGUCAAAUCAUAUAAACAGUUCACACAACUUGAAGAUUAACCUCACUUGAAUUGUUACAACAAAUGUGAAUAAUAUCCGUCUCCAUAUUUAGCAAUGCUUUGUUUCCUCCCUGAAAAUCAUGUCCAUAUUCAAAAUGGAAGUGAUUCUGAUCAUAUAAUUUUUAAAUAAACGGAGUUUUCAAUGCUUUAUUACUGUAUUGCUAUUUAGUUCUAUUGUACUUUUGGUUACAAAACUUAUCAGUAAACACUGGAAGUUAUUCGAACAGAAAUAAAAAAUUACAACACUUAUCCUACUUAAUGACUGUGGUUUAACUAUCCUAAUAAAAUAAAAUCUAAGCUGUAGUGAGUAAGCAGAUUAUUCCAAUUUCCAAGGUUACCGCCCAAAUAUCCUUGUCUGGACCGAACCUGGAUAAUUCAAUAUUGUGAUGUCUUCGUUCACGCCUAUUGGUAUUGCGGUACGGUUUCAAGUCUUUUAUGAGACCCAAUGGGGAUUAAGAAUGAUUUUUAAGUACUACUAUUCAACUUCUGUCAAAAUAAGUUUCUAAUUAGUUUUGCCUUCUGUGUCCAAUUCGCUAAGUUUGUUAAACGUUAGAAGCUUGGGUAGAAUGUCAGUUGGGCUGCAAACCAUAACGGACAUCAGUUGUGGUGCAAUUAAAAAGUGAAGAGUUAGACAUCUGAUCUUGUUGCCUACAAAUUCUUCCCAGUUUCACAUCUUGAUGUCACAUGGAUCAAACCUAGAACUUUUGUAUUUUAUAACUUUAGUCAGUCUAUGAUAAUCAGCUAUGGAAUUUAUUUUAGACAACGCUAUUUUCUUCUCAAAAAAACCCCGAUGUAUCCACAGUGUCUCACGUUCACUUGUUAAGGUUGAUUGGAAGUAAUACUGAAUAAAUCAGAACCAGAUAAUAUUGUUUUCUAGUAUCUUAGAACAAUUUCCUCUAAGACAAACAAAUAAGAAAGGGGUGAUGAUUGGAAACAAAAGUAUAUUUAUUUGUUGAUGGAGAUCAAGCAAAUUGAGGUAUGUAAAUUGGUUAUCUAGAUGGAGAGAAGUGUUUCAUAAGGAGUCAUGAUGUAAUUUGGUGUCAGUGCUUGACCGAAGCAGACAAAUGUUAAUAGAUGAUAGAACUGAACUAUCUUUUUGAGAUCACUGUUAUUCGAGUCUCGGUUUGUCACUUAAUGACGACGAGAGCUUGGCUGACUAGUAUCUCCAAUUAUGCUUAACAGAUUGUUAAGUGUUAUAAUAAAACGAUGAAACUUCAGUGUAUAUUCAAGAAAAUUAAAUAUUACAUCAAAACAUCUAUCAUCGUGUCAUGCCAUCACGUACAAUGCUUGUGCAAGUCCACAAAUACCCCAUAUACCUUCUGCGUUUUGCUCUUUACCUCAACGAAACUCAUCCGAUUCACAUAUAGUGGUUACUAGUCUUCACGCUAUCUAUAUUACAACUCCUAGGGUACUUUACAGACAAAUAUGGACAUGACAUGAAUAUUUGUUUCAUUUAAUUAUAACAUUUAUGUCUAAACGUUAAUGAGCACUUAAUGAUUUGAGAAGGGGAAAGGUAUGUAAAUAUUAUCAUGACAGACUUAGAUUAUUCUACCACGAAAUUUCCCAUAACAGCUAUUCUUGAAUAUGGUUUUCAGAUGGAUUUUAACGAGAUAACCUGUGAUUAAAGACAGACCACAUCAGACAGAAAAUAUUCGCAUAACAUACACGAUUUAUUAUCUACUUUGAAAUGUAAGGCUGUUUUCAAAUAAAACAUUAAAUAUGCAUGAUCAGAACCUGAAGAAUUGCUAAGUUGUCUCGAGGUUGAGAAUCUAUGUACUAUGCAGACUCCAAAGAUGUCUCAGAAACUGAUUGUUUGACAAUCUCUUUUUAUCUAACGAAAGUCAGUCAAACCACAAGUCAAGGAUGAUGGGGUGUGAAGAAACAUUUUAAUAACGGCCGGUGUGUUGAAUUGUUCACAAUCUAAGCUAAUUAGUGGUCGUAGAAGAAGAACAUCACAGCAUGCCCAAACGUGAUCUGGUAAAUAAUGUAUCUAGUAAAACUGACAAGGUUAACAUCAAUAUAGAAGUCUGACAGAGAUAUUUAUUUCGAUGACUGACUUACCACUAAGACUGGUUUACCAGUCACAAUUCCAGAAACAAAAAUGUAAAUGAAGUGAUGUUUAUGUUACUCUAUUAAUGUACAUUUUAGUCAUUAUUUUGCACGAAAUUAUACUGAAGUUUAUCUUGCUACUGACUCCACCUGUAGCUCUUCUAGGGUUACUCAAGGUCCCAAGACCGGGUAGAAGAGGAGGGAUUGGCAUGGGGUCCACAAUCUCAUCCCGUAGAAAGCAACCUAGAUAAAAUACGCUAACCAGCAAUGACGACGAAGAAGAUCAGGUCUACUCAAGGCUGCGAUCGGUCAUUGCGAAGUGUUCAGGAAAGGCCUAACCAUCCUCAUGGGAGAUCUAAGCGCCAAAGUUGGAAUGAACAACACCGGUUAUGAAGUUAUCAUGGACGACAUGGACUGACUGGGAGAAAGGAACGAGAAUGGCUAGAGAUUCACUAAUCUAAUCUAUAUGCAUUCAAGAAGUUGGUUAUAGGCAGCACAAUAUUUCCCCUACAAACUCAUACACAAAGCUAAAUGGAUCUUACUGGAUCACAUCACGGAGAACCAGAUCGAUCAUAUUUGCAUCACUGAAAAUUCCAGAAGGUUAAUGUAAGAUAUGAGAACAAAGAGAGGAGCUGAUAUAGCUUGAGACAACCACCUGGUGGUUGUCAAGAUGAAACCGAGGCUAGAGAAACACCGGGCAACUGGAGAAACAGCAUUACAAACGUUCAAUACAGCCUUCCUUUGAGAUACCAACCAACUCGAUGAAUUCAAAAUAACUGUCGGCAACAGCUUCCAAAUAUUACAGGAUCUACUGAAAGAAGAAGAAACUACGAUUGAGAACAACUGGACACAGAUCAAACAAGCACUAACUUCAAAGUACCAUGUGCUGACCCACAAGAAGCACCAUCAUAAUGAAUGGAUCGUCAUCGACACCCUAGACAGGAAUCAAGAGAGGAAGAACAGGAAGACAGCAAUUAACAACAGUCGAACAAGAACAGAGAAAGUCGAGGCACUAGCUGAAUACACAGAAUCAAACAAGCAAGUGAAGAAGAGCAUUAGAUUCGACAAGCAGAAAUACGUGGAAGAUCAGCAAAAACAACGGAAAAAUCUGUAAGAGAAGGAAAUAUGAAACAACCACAUGAUACGAUAAAGAGACCAGUAGGGAAAUAUAGUAAAUCAGAGAGACCGGUCAAUGGCAAAGAAAGUAAGCCGAUCACUGAAAUUCAAGGACAGAGGAACAGAUGGAUGGAACACUCCGAGAAACUCUUGAAUAGACCAGCUUCAAUGAACCCACCAGACAUUGAAGCAGUACACACAGACAUUCCAAUACAUCUCACUCCACAAACAAUCAAAGAAAUCAGGAUGACCAUCAGACAAAUCGACAGUGGGAAAUCAGUAGGACCAAACAGUGAACCAGCUGAAGCACUGAAGUGAGACAUAGAAGUAACUGCGAAGAUGGUCUACAUCCUAUUGAAGAAGAUUUGAGAGGAGGAACAAGUUCCGACAUGAUGGAAGAAAAGAUAAUCCAUCAAGAUACUAAAGAAAGGAGAUCGGGCGAAUGUGAAAACUAUACAGGCAUCGCAUUAUUGCUAGUACUAGGGGAGAUUUUCAACAGUGUUGUUGAACAGGAAGGAAGACUCAGUAGACGCUCCACUUCGAAAUCAACAGGCUGGAUUACAUAAGAAUCAGUUGUGCACAGACCAAAUCGUGACACUGUGGAUCGUCAUUGAUUAAUCGGUUGGAUGGGACUCGUCUCUAUACAUCAACUUCCUUGACUGUGAGACAGCGUUUGACAGUGUGGAUGGUAGGACCUUAUGGAAACUUCUUCGACAAUGUGGAGUGAGUAGCUCAGAAGACUGUCAACAUCAUCCGGAAUUAAUAGGACGCUUUUCAGUGCGAAGUUGUACAUGGAGGAGAGUUGACAGAUGCAUUACAAGUGAGGACUGGAAUCAGACAAGAAUGCUUACUCUUUCUUCUGGUUGUUGAUGUGGCCUUCCAUCCCAUACACACGAACAAAUGCAGAUGAAGACAGCCACUUCAGCAGCAGCCUCUGUAUCAGUAAGCCUCAACAUACACAAGGGAAAAAGCAACAUCCUCAAAUACAACACGGAGAACACCAACAGACUCACACUUGAUGGAGGACCUCUGGAAGAUGUAGAAUCUUCCACGUACCCGUAAAGCAUUAUCGAUGAACAAGAAGGAUCUGAUGCCUACGUAAAGUUAAGGAUCUGCAAAGUAAGGGCAGCAUUUCUACAGUUGAAUAAGAUAUGAAAUUUAGAACAACUGUAUCUCAGCCAAUAUCAAAGUCAUAAUCUUUAAUACGAACGUCAAUACAGUCCUAGUGUACGAAGCUAAAUUUUGGAGCACUAACAAAACCAUCAGCAAAAAGAUACAAGUAUUUAUAAACAGUUGUCGAUGCAAGAUACUCAUUUUCCGUUGAUCGAAUUUCAUCAGCAACAGCCUACUGUGGAAGAGGACAAACCAAAUUCCAGCUGAGGAUGAAAUUAGGAAGAGAUGCAGGAAGCGGAUAGAACAUACAUUACGAAAUUAUCAAAUUGCAUCACGAAGCAAGCGCUAACUUGGGAUCUUGAAGGGAAACGGAAAAGUGGAAGACCAAGGAAAAUAAUUUAUUUGGAAUCGGAGGCAGAUAUAAAAAAAAUGAAUGGGAAUUGGAAGCAACUGAAAAAAGCCUCCUAGGACAGAGUUGGAUAUAAAAUACUGCUAUGCGGCCUGUGCUCCUUCAUGAGGGGUAUCAGGCGUAAGCAAGUAGGUAAGUUAUUCAGCCGCAAGCCUUUACUGCUAGGUCUCCAACUUUAAGGGAUGGUGUCGAAAAUCUUCUGGGAGAAGCAUGUUCAGAAAUACCAUAAGCCAACUAACUUAUUCGAGUCCCCUGUCGGAUAUAUAAGAAAGAUAAUCAGGCUAACUGUUGCGUCGAGUCAUUCAGAACCGCUAAGCCUACUGUAGCCAACAGGUUAGUUCCGAAACAAGUUAGGAGAGUAUUAAAUGUUGUUUGCUCUAAGAUUUGAAAACGAAUUUUGAAAAUCAUAUUUAAUGUUUUUAGACACAGUUUAAGCUCUCCAUGUCAUUAAAAACAUUGAUCAACUGGGUCCACCCAGAACGUGGUUUCGUAUUACUGUAUCAUAUAUAUACAUAUAUGAACGUACAUAUCACUCAUCUAUUUUUCGAAGGAUAAUAAGUUACUGUAUGUGAAAUUACAGAGAUAGUUACACGCUAUUUGUUCUAAACUAUAAUUAGGAGAAUGCAAAAUAGCAUCCUCUCAGCUGGUGAGCACAACUCCUUAAUGGAUAAAUUCAAGAUAAGAUCCGGCAAAUAAGUAUUCAUUUAAUAAUUAUCAUCCUUCACCCGAACCAACUGUGGUGGUCUCUCAGUCGAUCCAACUUCUUUUCGAAAGGGCCGACAAAUCGAGCUCCAAUCACAUGUUGGAGUAAUGAAUUCAAUUCUUUGAUGAUUC